AUGCGUCUUCAAUCCUUGCUGGUGACAGGCGCCAUCUGGCUCGGUGUCAGCACCACUGUUGCUUGGGCGCACACAAUCAACAAGGGUGACUGGACAACAACAUUCGACUCGGACGUGACUGCGAAUGGCUUGUAUGACAUUGAACUACCGGAAUUCGACACCCGCCUGGGGAUGGAAACGGCCCCGGAUGGCACCAUCACCCGGUUCGCUCAUUCGAAACCGUACUUGACAUUAUCUCUGUCUAUCGACAAUGACACGAUAUAUGCCAACGAUGUUGCCAUUUAUCCCCCGGUCGGCGAGAUGCGCAUCAAUGCCAUCCGGCGCUGGUAUCUGGAGAAAAAGACCCCGGAGAUUGUCCCCCUGACUUACUCGCUGGAUGUGGUGUCUCUGCCGCCUCGAGAGGCUGCUCCUGCUGUCGAGCUGUCGAUCCUGCACAUGCGUCUGCUGGACGUGGAAGGCAACCUGGCUGUCAAGAAGAAGCUUGCCAUUCAACUCCUCCGGGACCCCAAGGGCGAUCUUUCCAUCCCACAAGUCCAGGUUGUCUGCCUGGACACUGUCGGGUCGAAAGGAAAAGUCGGCGUAUGGAUGACCGUCAUGGAUGGUCUGGCGGAACAGCUUUCAUCGUACCUGAGGGACCUGGAGGAGGCUUUUGAGCACCGGCUAGAUAGCUUCCAGUCUCUCAGCACCCACAAGUCUUCUGCCUUCUCUUCUCUCGAGUCCUCGGGCUCCUCAAGGAAACAACAUCCGUUCUCGCAUCAUAAAGCCCACAAACUGGCCUUCAUGCACUUCCUGCGCCCCGUCGUUCUCCCGGCCUGUCUAGGCAUUGCGGCUGGUCUGCUCGCCGGUGCCGUUGGCUUCUUACUCGGGCGAUUCGUCGUCUCUGUCUACCUUUGUCUCUAUCAGAGACAACAUCGCCAACCUGAGCCAUUUGUCAUGGAGGAGCGGAACUCGAUGGAAAAAUUGCCCCUGUCGACUCAUUGCGAAGUCUCCAAAAUGGAAUCCAAUUAUGUCUGA